CGCCAGACUCAGCAGCUCGGCUGCAUCCUCGCGUGUAGAAGCUACAGAGCAAGGAAUCACGCUGUUCAGUCCAUACCUGCGUAUCAACUACACCGCAAAUAGUCUACGCACUCUUAAGCGCCUCCACGAGUUCUUGCAGUGAUGGAGACCAGUCGUAGUCCAUCGCGGCGUAGGCUGCUGCUAGAUUCCUAUCCGUACAAGGCACCACGAAGGUCAGUAUCUUUCACUUUAUGAUACACGACGACUUUCCAGCCUCUUACCGCUGCCACAGCGCCUUGCUGACUUCCCAGACGUUGCGCAGCUCCUCGGACAUUUGCUUAAUCUCGAUCGGUAUGCGUUUCCACAGGAACCGCGCAUCGUUGAGGUUCUUGGACAGCAGCACAACCAGCAGGUAGCUCGCGUACAAGUCCGGAGAAAGCGCAGAGUGUGGAGAGGACGUGGCCGUCGCUGCCACGAGCUCCAGCUCCUCGGAGACGCUCUUGAGCUGUUGUACCAGCUUGCGCGCAGUCUCGCGGUCGCUAGAAGCGGCGUGGGCUGCCAGGAGCUCCUCGCGCUGCGUCUGUAGCGUCUCGACCAGGUUGUCCAUACUCAACUGUGGAUAAUGUUUCUCUAAUCAGAUUUCGAGCUGAGUAUCAGAUGGUUUGUCUGAUAAAUUUGUGUUACCCACAUCUUGAAGUCUGAUUCCAUUUGAUUUUCGGAAGGCUAGAAGAAGAAGAGUGACGAGAAUGGCGACGGGCGAGCAAUAUUUGACCAAGAAUUAUGAGAAGUGGAACAACUUCCAGGUGUGUAGCAUGUUACCCACCUUCUCCCCCAUUUCUGGUGGCUGUAAUUAUGCCAUUGCGACUACCAUCCGCUUAGUAGAUGCGGAUUUAUACCAAUUCUAAAAACCUUAUCCGAAUUCCUGUCUCUCUUACGCUGUUUUAACUGCACAGGACGACUCGGACUCGGACAAUGAAGAUGUACCACGAGUACCCACUCAGUUCGACGUGGAAGGCGACGCCGACAUUGUGAUCAGCACGGAGAUGCUGCUAACUCUCAAGCAAGUAGAGCGCUACCGCAAGCUGGAGAAGAAGCAGUUGGAAGUCUGGCAAGUUGUUGUUCGUCAACUCCGCGUAUGGUCGGCGUCCAGUGCUGGUGCUGACGACGGACAAGACGCGGUACCCUGUCGUCCGUACUGCAUUCUGGUAAACAACUUGUACCCGCUGGGCCAAGUAGUGUCCAAGAAGAUCUGCGACCCACCCGAGGUGUACCCAUCGCCUCAAACGGUGCUGGACUUGACGCUACAGGCGAUGCUAGACCCUCCUACGAACACUCCUCAACACCGUCCAGACAAGAUCGUCUUCCCGGACAAGAACUUUGUCGGUCAGCUACGUAAGAGCUACUCUUCGCUGGGUAUUGAGUGCUCUUAUUUAUCCGAAUCGGACGGCAUCGACGCCUACAUCCAAGAGUUAUCGCAGCACCUGAUCCGGAAGGACCUUGCAUCUGUAGCGGAAGUGAGCGAGCGUGCUGGUCUGAUCUCGGGCGCUGGUGUGACGACUGAAGCGCUGGCAGCUUUCUAUUCAGCUUGCGAGCAGUACGCGAAGUUGGAGCCAUGGGACCGUCUCGCUGAGCGUCAAGCCAUUCAAGUUGACGCUGUGGGGGAUGAAGAACUUCGCUUGGAUGCGCGUCACCACGUGGGUCGAGGCACAGUCUUCUCGUCCGUCAUCAGCACGCGCACUGGCGGUGGCCCGAACGGUGAAGGUGGUGACCAUAUUCGCGGCAUGGCGUUGUUUUAUACACGAGCAGAUCUGGAGCGUCGUGUCUUGCCGCCUGGAGAGCAAUUGGCGUUAAUGGAGAACCCCGAAUUACGUCGAUGUGCCAAGUGUGACAAGCGCGCGGCUCCAGGCAAGGAACUGAAGCGUUGUACACGCUGCAAAUGCACGUUUUACUGCGAUGCUCAGUGCCAGCGUGGCCACUGGAAGGACCACAAGGUGAGCUGCACUCCGCCUGGGAGCACCACUAGCGGUCCUGGAGAACACAAGAUCGUGUGGGGAGCUAAGGAGAUGUCGAUCCUCUACGGUCCGCAGACUUCUGUGCCGUUUGACGACUUGGAUGUCAUCACGAAACACUCGUUGCCUAUUGCCAAGGUCAAGGGCGAGUUCUUGUACCCAUCUGCUGUGGUGUUCCGGAAGGGUGAUCCGAGUGUUCCGGAUGUGUCCGAACUGGCGUGGCUCACUCGAGCGUUGAAUGCGCAGAUUGAGCUUGUGGGCAAGCAGCCGUUGUUCAUGCAGGACACGAUGGGUGAACUUUUGGGGUUGGAUGAUAGUGAGCCGCGUAAGCUGGAGCUGCAGUGUAAGACGCUUGGACAUGACGACCAUCUCGUGAUCCGGAACAGUACCGUGUUAACUAUGCACGACGUAGAGCGACUGCGUAAAGUGAUCAAGAAACAACAGGUUGGCGCUCAAAAGGAUGAAGGUGAGACCCAGGAAGCUAAUGAGACAAAGGACGAGAGCGACGACGAUGGCGCUGACUUGCAGGAUGGCGAGAAAGGCUGCAAUGUUAUGUAACGAGAUCUUCAGGAGUUGCGUAACAAGUUAGGAACAUUGACAUGGUUAAAUAUAUUGAUGUUGGUAACUUUACCACUGUGGCUGGUGGUAGACAGCACGUUGGAA